CUGACUGAGGAGAUGUUUUUGACCAUGACAAUUCUAUUUUUGCUAGGCUGUUUUUUGCCUCUACUUUCUGCAACAGUUGUUCUAGAUUUUAAUCACAUUGAGAGAUGUAAGGAUUCCCUGUACAUGGGGACCCCACCGAGGGGCUUCACCGACAACAACCUGAAGAGGAUCUGCCAACGUUACUCCGACAGACCUCGCUAUGUGACCCUGUACGACCCCCAGAAGAGGAUUCCCGUUUACUCAGCUUAUACGUUCAAGAAAACAGAGGGAGACAGGCGCGUGGACUACCCAUGGAUGUUUGAGCCACAGCUGGCAGAAACUGACGGGAAUGGAAACAUGCAGCCCUUCCCCACCGGCUACCUGCACAUGAAGUUCGAGGACAGCCAGGCCGUCCUGGACGACUACUCUGACGUGGUCCUGUACGAGAGGGGUCACCUGAACCCGGACCAGCACCAGUCCACGCCACACGACCGGGCCGCCACCUACACUCUGACCAACGUGGUCCCGCAGAUCCGAGAGUUCAACAUCGGGCCAUGGCGCCAGUACGAGGAGCGGAUCAGACUUCGCCUCAACAACUUCUGCCGCGGCGUGGCCUACAUCGUGACCGGAGUGACCACCAGGGGCAACAUGAUCCGCAGGAACAACCAGGACCGGGUGGCCAUCCCUGAAGAUGUGUGGUCCGCCUACUGCUGCCCAGACUACGACCGCAACUCCCCGAGUGAUGUCCGCAUUCGCUUCCCCACCUACGGGGUCCUGGCCAAGAAUGUCAAAGACGGAAACAGCGUCCACGAGAUGCCGCUCAUGGAACUUGAGAACUUCCUGAAAAGUAAUUUGGAUGUUGACCAGAACCUCCAGAUCUUCUAUGACAACUGCAUCUCCCCUUCACCCCUCCCUCUGUACCUGCAACACACUAUUUAAAAGCUCUAUGGGUUGGGUUGGAUCAAUUACACAGAAAAAACACAAACUCUGACUUUAAUUAAAUGUAGUGCGUCAACACAUUUCAAAUAAAUGUUUUAGGUUAGUUGAAAGCAAUAAUAUUAAGUUUUAAUACUAAAUAGAUUCAACUUAAUAUUAUUGCUUUCAACUAACCUAAUACAGUUAUGUGAAAUCUGUUGACAUAAUUAAUUUGAAUAAAGUCAACAUUUCAGUUUUUUCAGUGUGCAGAAAAUUGUCAUAAUUCACAGUAAAGUUAAUUCAAAAUUCCUCUUGCAGCUUAGUUAUUCUUUUGGGGAAAAACGUUUUUGAAUAACUGUUUCCUUUCAUCAUCUGUUAUUUGACCAACAAAUGAUAAAGCAACGCAUGUUACAGGAGAGCUGCUUUGUUGGGAGAGGGAAUAAAAUGUGUGGAAAGCUAUUCAAAUUGUCUCCUUUAAUAAAGUAUAGUUCAUUCACGCGA